AUGAAUAUCAGACCAACAGUUCCCUCUACUUGCCCGAUUCCUUCACCAUCUCUGAUACAAAAAACAAGUUCUUCGCCAUCGGAUGUGGUACUGCAGCAAGUUUUGAAGGUAGGCGCUGUAGCCCAAAACUUGGCCACGGAGGCCCUGGCAAAGAAAGGCAUUUACAUGUAUCUGGCUACUCUUUUGCCUUAUGCAACGACGACACUACUGAGAACAACGAUGACUCUUGCUCUGGGGACGGAUGUGGCCAAGCUUCCUAGUGGAUUGUUCCAGUUUGAGAUGGUAUUGGAGCUAUGGUACUCUAAUCAUUUAUACUCAUGCAGCUAUGGCUUCUUUGUGGAACAAGGCGAGUUCACAUUCUCCCCCAACAUAAAUAUUGAUGAGUGCAAGUCAGAGGCUUGCGAAAGUGACGAAAGGUGUGUAAACUUACCUGGGAGUUUCUCUUGUCUUCCAUGUUUCUUCGGCAUGAAAGGGACAAGUUGCAAUCACAUGCCAAAGAUAUGGGCAGCUAUAGGUGUCAUGUUGGUUUUACUUGUCGGAUCUGCAUGGUCCCUAUGCUGGGUAAUGAAGCAACGAAAGUACAUCAAGCUCAACGAAAAGUACUUUGAAGUAAAUGGUGGUUUCUUGUUACAACAUAAGCUUGCUAGUCAUAAUGGGGUUGAGACAACCAGGAUAUUUACUGCAGAAGAGCUGGAAAAAGCGACAAACAAUUAUCAUGACAGUAGAGUCCUUGGGAAAGGAUCUUUUGAAAUAGUGUACAAAGGAAUAUUACCAGAUAAGAAAAUGGUUGCCAUAAAAAAGUCCAGAAUUGCUGCCCCAACCCAGACUGAGCAGUUUGUUAAUGAGUUAGUUGUUCUUUCUCAAAUCAAUCAUAGAAAUGUGGUGAGGCUUUUAGGUUGUUGUUUAGAGUCAGAAGUGGCUUUACUAGUUUACGAGUUCAUCACCAAUGGCACUCUUUUUGAGCACAUUCAUGGUGAGAGGAGCAGAGGAUCAUCGCUUGUGUGGGAAUUGCAAUUGAAGAUUGCAGCAGAAACUGCAGGAGCACUAGCAUACUUACACUCAUCCACUUUUAUGCAAAUCAUACAACGAGAUGUUAAAGCUGUGAAUAUAUUAUUAGAUGACAAUUACACGACAAAAGUGUCAGACUUUGGAGCUUCAGUAUUGAUUCCUCUACAUCAAACUCAAGUAAUAACGUUAGUGCAAGGGACACUUGGAUACUGA